AUGUCCGCAAACCCGGGUAAUCGUCUCCAGAAAUGGAACCCAACGCCUCCCGAUAGAGGUGCCUUUCCUCUGGAUCAUUACGGGGAUUGCAAAGAGCACAUGCAGAAGUACCUCAACUGUAUGAAGCUUGUGCGAAACGAGAACGCCCCGAACUGCCGUCUACUAGCAAAAGAUUACCUCGCAUGUCGCAUGGAUCAUGAACUUAUGGAACGAGUCGAUUGGAAGGACCUGGGACUUCCCGAAGAUGAAAGAGAUUCAAAAAAAUGA